AUGAUUACUGGCAAAAUUAUUUUAAAAUCAGGUACAAAAUUAACACUUGAUCAAAGAUUUAGUGAAAUUGCUAAACAACCUAUAUCAAUACCUCGUAUUCAACAACAAACAAGUGUAAUAAUUCCUAAAUCUCGACAAGAUUUAUUUGGAAAUAAACAAUCAGCAACAGUUAGAAUUGCAAAUCGUCUUAAACAACGAAGUAUUAAUUAUCGACUUGGUCUUGGUAAUAAUGCUGCUACAUUUAAUCGUCAAUAUACAAAUCCACGAACAGCACCUGUUUUUCAACGUAUUAGUUUUGGAAACCGAAGACGUGGUGGUGGUGGCGGUGGUAAUUCUUUUUUAUAUGGUGGACAAAGUGGUAUGGGUUUACGACUUCGAGGACAAGGUCGUGUUGGAACACGUAUAUUUCGUUCUCGAGCACGUGGUUAUUUAAAUAAUAAUACAAUUAGUCGAUUUAGUGGUUUUACAAGACGUGGAAAUAAUAAUAAAAAUAAUCGAGGUCGACGUUUUGGAAAUAGAUCAAAUCGAGGAUCAAAUCGAGGAUCAAAUCGAGGACGUCCUAAUAGAAAUAAAAAUUUUGGACGAGGUCGUGGAAAUGGUCGAAAUCAAAAUCGAAAUCAAAAUAAUAAUAAUAAUAAUAAAAACAAUAAUUUUACAAAAGAAAGUCUUGAUAAUGAUCUUGAAAAAUAUAUGGCAAAAGCAAACAUUGAUAAUAGUUCAAUUGAGAUGAACACUAUUUAA